GUGACGUUGAUCGGCGCUUGCGCAUUGGGUUUGUUUACAACAAACGAAGUACUCUUCGUGAAGAUUCUGCCGGCUGGUCGAUAUUCAACUAUCGAAGCUGCCAAACAUGGAGGGAGUUUUUAUUGCGGAUUAUAUUAAAAAGAAGAGAAGGAGGAAAGGACAGUUCGAGUUUCUGGUGAAGUGGAAAGGUUACUCAACCAGGCACUGCACGUGGGAACCGGAGGAAAAUAUACUCGAUGUGUCUCUUAUACACCAGUUCGACGAGGAGGGUUACGAUCCUCGUCGAAUAAGGGCGUGUGCUCGUCGUAAAAAGAGAAGGAAGAGCGAGAUAACCGAGUCUCGGUCGGUGACAAAUCCCUUUAUCGACGAGCGGGAAUCCGAAUCCGAUGACGAAAUCGUUCCAAGGCAUCGCCCACGAGAUUUCCUGAGCGAGAAUGUCACUAAAGUGGCUCCAAUUUCAUUGUCGAAAUAUGGAAACGUUUGGCGGAAGGAAUCCACAGCAGACGACACGCCACGUGACCUUUUGUUCGAUAAUGAGAUCGCGCGAGUUGAUGAACAAAACACACGCAAUUUGGAGCCUGCUGAUACAAAGAAUAAUAAUAAUCUGAGCCCAUUAGAAUCUCUCCACAAAGAGGCUGGAAAUGGAAUUAGUGCGCUUCAUAAAAAUGGCGGGAAAAGUUGUCAUCCGAAAAUGCGCGCGAAAUAUAUGUUCCGGUCUGGUGACUUGGAAACGUGUACAUGGGGAUAUGACUGGAGCAGUUCAGACAAUGAAAGUGUGAAAGCCGCAUCCCCAGUGCAAAUUGAGACCAAGCCUGUCAUUAAAACGGAACCAGAAUCCCCAACGCUAUCCGAUUCUCGACCGCCAUUAAAACGAACAUACAGUGACAUUUCUGAAGCGUCAGAUGAAGAAGAGGAGCCAAUAAAAUUCACCUUGCCCAGAUCUGAAAACCUGACACAUGCCUUUGACUGGACAUCGUAUGGACUGAUAAACAAAACAGCAAACGAAACGUGUCUUAGUCAGUUUGACAAACAUGGCAUGGGAACACAGUUGCCGUACGACUCUGAACUACGAUUCACGGACCACAAUGCUAUUUUUGAUUGCGAAAAUUACGACCAUGAGGAAACGAUAACGGACACAAAUGGAAAUGAGUUUAAAACAGACAUGAUUAAUAAACCAGAACAGCAGAAUGAAACUAUUAAAGAAACUGAAAAUGAAAAAGGAAAAAUCGGCAAGGAAAACGUGCAAUCUGAACAGCAAACCAUCAAAACGAAAUCAGACACAAAUAGCAAUGACGUCAUUGAAGUUCCACAUGAUGACGUAUACGCAAUGGAAGUGACGUGUGAUGAUGUAACUGUGAUAUUUCAGGAAAGUAGUCGCCCGAAAGGUUUUUUUCUCUGGCGGAAUUAAACAAGCAUUGCAAUAUUAAACGAAACGGACACGGACACAUGGACUUAAUGAUAAAUCAGGCUUGAACAUAUUUAUUGCAUUUAAAUUUGCAAAAAUAUAUGAAAUGUUUAUAUACAAUAACUUGAUUAAUGUUGUCCAAACUUUUUGUUGGUCAUGUGACGUAAAGAUGACUGUUUUGGUAUAUAAGGGUGUUUUGUUUGAAUACAUGGAUGUGACUGUAAAUGUUCAAUUUUCAUUUGAACACUUAAACUACUUUUCGAAUAUGUCAAGAAACUUUCAAGACAUUUAUUAUUUGCACAAUAACCAGGUGCGGCUAUCUCUCGUUUUCGUCAACCAGGAACUUCAUGUGGUCAAACUAACCAGGAACGAUUAUAUAUAGUUACGUUAAUUCCCUUCCUCUUUCUGCUUGUACACGACACGUUCCGAAAUGCUAUUUUUUCUUAAGGUAAGGGGCGCAACCAGCAAAAUAUUAUUUGCAUAAUAAUUAUAUAACCAACACAGUUAGCCCCCUUGAUAAGUUAAAGGUAUUUUAUGUUUGUGUCACUCAAUUGUAUAUUCAAAACACUUCUUUCUAUGUCAAUAUGUUCGUUAUCUUUCUGAUGCAGAUGCUAUUAAAGUGAUGAAAAUAG